AUGGAGUGUCAAGUUCUCAGCACUUGGAACCAGUGCGCGCCAAGAGGCUAUGUCCGGCAGUGGUUUUGUUUCCCUUGCCGACAAGACGUCAACCUCAAAAACCUCAGAAAUCAUCUGGUUAUCUGCUUGGAGCAACUCUCAGCACAGUUUCCAUUCAUCAAGAAACGUGUAUGUCUCCUUUCGAACCCAGCAGGAUAUGUGGCUUUUGGGCCCGAAGAGUUCCCACAAGUCCCACUCAAGGUUCUAGAUCAAAGAAACACGUUUGCCUUCACCUAUGGAGAACUGAAAGCGCAAGGAUUCCCAGCCAAGGCGUUUGUGGGACCCUCGUACGGAGACCUGCCAUACUCGCUAGCGCCAGGCCAACCGGGUGUUCCCGUGUUUGAGGUCCACGCGAGAGUACUCAAAGGUGGUUUGCUAUUAUGCAACUACUGUCACCAUUCGGUUACGGACGGCCUUGGGGUGGAUCAUUUGAUGCGGACUUUUGCUGAGCUAUCUCGACUUUCGACAGAGGAUCUAUCGGUUAAGAGACCGGUAGACGUUCAUGUUGAUAUACCGCAGAAAGUCAUUACUGACUUUAAGCCGGAACUUAAGUCUAUGAGAUAUGAGCAGUUGCUGCGGUUGUGUCCAGAAUAUCGACAGUUGCGGUCACCUACAGGGCCGACCCAGUGUCUCAUGAAGCCCGACGGGAUUCCGUUGGCACAGAUCCAGAAAAUCGGUCAAACAUUCGUCUUCAGCGUUAAGAAACUGGAGGCACUUCAAAAGGGAAUCCUUUGCAGCAAGGGUGGAUCAUGUCGAAAACGUUCUCCAUCCAAAUUCACAUGUCUUGCGGCGAUUACCUGGGCACACGUUACAAAGGCUCGUCUAUCUAUGGCCAGGCGCCGGUCUCAGAGCUCUUCGGUGUCUUAUCCUAAGAGGAUUCGCAUCAUGCUCUGUAUCAACUGGAGCCAUCGCGCAUUUGGUGACAUCAUGGGGCACGCUUCCGGCAACACAGUGGCACUCCCCGUCUCUUCUAUUGAUACCGCCACUAUCCUUGCUGCGUGCAGCACCAACAGAGCAGAGUCAUUCCAGGCGUUGAGUGCUAUCUCUCACACUAUCGAGUCGACUGUGAAUAGUGUAGACGAGGAUUUUGUGGCCCUACGAACAGCGAUGUUCCGCGCAAGUCCUGAUCCACGAUAUAUCGGGAUAGAUCUUGAUCCGCGGGACCCUUCAACAUUUAUCUUCAAUACAUGGCGACAUUACGGCACCGAGGUACACAAAUGGGGACUUCCAGGAUUAGGCUACGAUGGAGAGAAUCAGGACGACAGCCAAACCGGGAGAGGUGCCUCUCCCGAUGCCAUUAGGAGAUCUCAGUCAGAGUGGAAUAUGGGUGCCGGACUUAUACUACCAGCAGGAAACGAUCCUAACAUCUUUGAAGUGUUAGUGACUUUGGCAAUCGAUGAGAUGGUGGAAUUAUGCGCCGACCUGAGUUGGAGGCAGCUGGUGGACAGGGUAUUAGAGUAA